GUAUUACCUAGCUGCACACUUCAAUGCACUAGUGCGUGAAAUAGCCGUCCUAGAGUUUCUCCUGCUUCUACUACUAUGCUUCACAGGACACAUUCAUGUUGUGGUGCUUUUACCGGUAUUGCAUAUAUACUUCUAUCAAGAUAUUGACGAACACGACAUUCAACCAUCAACAGGGAUACGAAUAAACCCAAGAUGGACUCUAUCACAAGCUCUAACUCUGUUCAUCUUCCAACCACCCUUGAUGGAGUCUCAAUGUCGGUGGAUUUGCUUCGACAAAUACGUUUGGGGUACACAAGAGAUCCAAGUGAAUCUCCUUCGGACAUCAUGCACUCUUCCCUAUCGGGAUAUGUACGAGGUAUCCAGUGUAUGGAAUGGUUAAGGGUGGCGAGUUAACUAACCGCGCUCACUGACAACAUCGCCAGUUCACCUUCAACACAUCAACCCCAAAACUAUAGACAGCCAUUUCCCUUCAUUUGAGGCGGUGCAAUGAUCCAGUUUCCCACUCUGGCAAUGUGAGCGGGAUACGGCAACGCUGCCACAAGCGAUGACAACUGCGCUUUUUAUUUGACCAAUCGCAGUGAGUCGCGAUCGGCACAAGGCACGCCGAUUGUUGCCUACACCCUGAUUUCGCAAGGCUGAACUCUGGAAAUAGCUCUUCUGGAUUGGGAAUCAUGUCGCGCUGUUGGCGGCGGCGGCGGGGUAUAUAAGUAGGUGGGAGUAUCUCCCCGGAAUGACGCAUUUAUCUCUUCUUCAUAUUCUGAAGUGUUCUGCUUGACAGUUGAAUCCCUAAUCCGCAACUCAGCAUUACAAGACACUCCAGAACCCCGCAUUAAUAUCAAACACUCAUACCAACCACCACAAGUUAUAACAAAAGUUAUAACAAACCCUCACAAACCAAGAACCCACGUAACAACUCCAUAAACUUUCACCUCCAACCCCCCAGUCACCACCAUGGGCAAAUCCGAAGACGCCAAAGCCCUCGCCGCCGAAUCCCCCUCCUCCCACGUCGACACCCACGGCCUCAUAGUCACCACCAUGAACGACAUCCCCGGCUACCGCGUCACCAACGUGCUCGGCACGGUCUACGGCCUCACCGUCCAAAGCCGCAACUGGGGCGCCGACAUCGGCGCCAUCCUGCGCUCCAUCGUCGGCGGCGAGAUCAAGCUGUUCACGAACCUGAUGUAUCGCACGAGGAAUACGGCGCAGGAGCGGCUGGUGGGGGAGGCGAUGGGGAGGGGUGCUAAUGCGGUUAUUGCGCUUAGGUUUGAUGCGGCGGAGUUGUGUGGGUUUGCGCAGGUUUGUGCGUAUGGGACUGCGGUGGUGGUUGAGAAGAUUUAGGGAAGGGAUGGUGGUUAGCAAGGCGCUAUUGGGGGGACGUUGGAGAGAGAUGUGACAAUGGUGACGGAGGCAAUCGCUUGGGUGUAUGGCGUUAUAAGUUUAUUUUGAUAUGCUCUUCUUCAAUACCCAGAACUAUCCAUCCAUCUACAAGUAU